AGUUGAGCGUGCUAUUGGCCGCUGAGAGCAGGAGCAUACUGACUGAGCGAGGCCUUGCUCUGUUGUAGUCCUUUUCACCGUGUGUCCCUUGGGGUGUGCAUGUGUGUGUGUGUGUGUGUGCACGAGUGUGUGACGUGGCUGUGAUCCUUGCACACUGGCGGCCUACUCAACCGACAGUGACGGAGGCAACUGACUUAUUACGUCAUACAAACGCAGAGCGGCAAAGGAACAUUAAGAACGGAAAAGGGAUUUCACAUCUGUGUGCGGAAUUAAAAAACUAAAGGCCAAAAAAUGGACGUGGCAGACCUGGAUGAAGCUCAGAGCAAGAAAGUUUUCAGAGCAAGAAAAACCAUGAAGAUGAGUGAUCGACAACAAUUGGGAUCCAUCCAUAACUCUCACUCCUCAUCUGCCCUCCCCUCAUCCACCAGUGCUUCCCCCUCCUCCUCUACACCUCCACCAGCUGUAGUGAACGGGAAAUACCCAGAGGAGGAACAAACAGUGACAGAGAACCACUCAGACACAAACCCAAAAGAGACGGGACCUACCCCGCCUGUCUCUCGCUCCCCGUCUCCCCUCACGCUCUCUCUCACCCUGUCCCCCUCCCCACCUUCCCAGCCAGCACAGCUGCGAUCUGACAGCAAUGCCAGCUUGUCCCCAGCACACUCUCCCAACAGUGCAGGGAAAGAGAGUGACAGAGAGGAGACAGACCAUGGAGAGGAAAAGGAGGAGUCCUCUUUGGUGGGGGGAAUGAAGACCGCAGAUGAGAAGAAAAUGGAGGGAGGAGAUUUGAAGGAGAAAGACGAUAGCGCUGACUCACAAAUAAAGGAUAAAGAGGAUGAAAAGCCCAGUCCUGAUGGCGAUGUUUCAUCACCCGUGGAUUCCCCUGAAGACCCCACCAUCUCUCCCGCUUCUCCCUUGGCGUCGGUCAGUAAGAACGAGGAGAGCAAGACAGAAACUGAAAAAAGGACAGAAUCUGAGGAGGCAGUGACCAUGGAUGCAGACCCCGCACCCACGGAGAUCAAGGCCCCUGAAGUCAACAAGUCCAUCCCUGCUGCUGACACCAUUUCCUCCACCUCUCCCGGUCUCUCCCCAUCCCAUGCAGCCGAGUCUGACCUGGAAGUGAAAGAGGGUUUUCUUGUCCUUAGUGAAGAAGAUGAGAACCAGGGAGAGAAGGAUGAAGAAAGGGAGAAAGAAAGAGAACAAGAAAUUGAGGGUGGAGAGGAGAUGGAUGUGGAUAUGAAGAAAGAGGAAGAUAAACAGAAUGUUAAAGAGGCAGCUCCCCCUUCUCCAAGUUCAUCCCCAGCACCCCCAGGUGAUCCAGAAACUGACAAGAGCCAUAGCGUCCUCUCUGGGAAGAAACGUGCACUCUGUGAAGACUCCAAAAUGGAUGAAGAGAAGGAGAGAGAAGAAGAAGAAGAUGUAGUGAGAGAUGGGAAGAGGCAGAAGGUAGAAGGGGAAGAGUUGGAGGCACAGCUGGAGUUGAAAAUCACAGCCAACACCAGCAGUCGACUUAAGCUGGAGAAGGUUGUGCAGCAGCUGGUUGAGGAGCAGUUGCGGGUCUUGCAGCUGAAUGUCUUCGACAGGAGUUUGCAGGAGCUAAGGGACAGAGUGGAGAAGAUUGACUGUGCCACAAAGCACCAGCAAACCAUCAGCACACUGCAGGCUAAGAUUGCUCGGCUAGCCAAGAAAUUUGGAGCUGCUAACCAGACCAAGGAGAAUAUCAGGAAACCUCAGUCGGAGACCACACUUACCCCUGCUACAAACGCUAUACCCACCUCCACUACGGGCGCCACCGCCACCUUCCGGUCGGUCAGGACAGCAGUAGAGUCCAAGCAAACACAUCAGAACCCAUCUGCUCGACAUUUUAGUGCCACGGCCUCUCCAGCACAGCCCAAGCCCCUGUCAACCCCCACUCCUCCAGCUUCUUCUCCCAUGAUGUCGACCCCAGUCCCGGUGCUCCUCAGCACGACAACCACUUCCAACGUCACGUCUUCCAUCUCCAGCCUGGUGCCCGUCACUUCCCAAAACCAGACGGGUGCCCUGCUGUUCAAAACCACUCUCGCCAACAGCGCUGGCGCUCAAAGCGUCCCGGUGUCCGUUCCACAGCCCCUGUCCCUCCAGCCCCUGCUCAUACAGCUGCCCCUCGCUGUCACGAACACACAGGGCGGCUCAGUCAUGGCCAACCACAACACCGGCAUGGAACUGAUCCCCGUGUCGUCCUUCGGUACCGUGAGCACACUCAACAAAUCCAAAACCACGACCGCUGCUACCUUCAUCCUCCAGAAGACCACGCCCUCCUCCCUGUCGUCGUUGCCCUCGUCUCCGGCCCUCCCCCAGAUCACCAUAGCCCGGGCCGUGUACCCGGGGGGUAGCGGCAUCGUCAGCUUUCCCAGUUCUGGGGUGUCGGUCUCCGCCGCUCGUACCCCCACGCAGUGCGCCUCGGUGGCGGGGGUUUCCUCGUCCUCCUUGCUCCCCGCGUCCUCUGCACCCGCCGCAACAGGAGGCCAGGCCACCUCAGGCCCGCCUUCAGCCGCCGUGAUGGCCUCCAAAACAGAUAACCAGGCCACAAGCUCUACUGUAAGCAAGCCACCUGCACAGGUAUCUCGAGUCAGCGGUUCACGGGCAUUCAUAGACCUGACUGAGGAUGAUGAUGAUGUACAAGUGACUGGGGUGCAGAAGGCUCCAGCGCAGUCUGGCCUUAACACAGCUUCAUCUGCGUCUCCAGCUACCCAGCGCAGUGCCGGGGCUCCUCCACCACUCAUAAGCUCAAACACUCAACUCGGCCCAGCCACAGGUUCCACAAUGAGAGCCUCUCCACUGGGUGGCCUUCAUUCAGUGAAUGGACCAACUCUCACAGUUCCUUAUCGCUCCCCACAGAACUCCCCAUCAAAGAUCCGCGUGGCCAAUCCCAACCCUUCCCCCCACCAGCUCCCUCCCUUGCCCUCCCCGCCCCUGGUGUCGGGGCGCCUGCCGCCCGAAGCGGGCCUCACCUCCAUGCCCCAGCAGCCGCAGCUGAAGCUGACCCGCGUCCAGAACCAGAACGGCAUCGUGCUGUCCUGGUGCGUGGAGGAGACGGACCGCACCUGCGCCGCCGUCGACAGCUACCACCUGUACGCCUACCACCGCGACCACGCCAGCGCGCCCCCGUCCCUGUGGAAGAAGAUCGGGGAGGUGAAGGCGCUACCCCUGCCCAUGGCCUGCACGCUCACCCAGUUUGUCUCGGGUUCCACGUACUACUUCGCUGUCUGCGCCCGUGACAUCUACAACCGCUUCGGGCCGUUCUGUGAGCCCCAGUGCACUGACGUGAUCAGUUCUUCCUCCAGCUGAGAAGCCUGCAGACAGAGACAGGACACCAGGAGUUGCCCGGAUGAGUUGAAGGCAUGAAGUCUGGUUCUGUGUCAGCUACUGUACGUCAGCAUAAACUCAGGAAGUACAUUUUGUUGGCCAUGCCAAGCACUUAUGAAGCAGUCGUGUAAGGGCUGCCACUGAUCCAUGUGUUUGGAAUGACCGUCUCUCCGUGAGGUUAAUAUA